AUGCCGUUCAAAGACAUUCUACACAGACAUGGCAAGGAUCAGGGACCAGACUCCAACAUCACCAACAACAUUAACGACCCCCAAGAAUUCACAUUCAUUCGAACAGACACCCACACUCAAGAAAACCUCACCCCACCUACCAUCAACACGUCCAUAUCAGCUACAAAACCAGAAGAGUCAACAAUCUCCCCAACAACAUCCCGCCGCAAGUCAUUCUUCCGUAGACGUUCACACGUCUCUUCUUCCUCAGAUAUAUCCUCACCACGCCGCGGAAGUUCCUCCGAAAAGGGCGAAAACAGGAUUUCAAACUUACUUCAUAUAGAUCAUCAUAGUAGAAGUUCCUUUUCGAGAAGCGGAAGUACAAGUUCGGUGAAUAUACCGGCUGAUCUUCCGCAAAUCGAUCCGGAUGCUGUGACGGAUGAGCAUGAGCGAGAAGCGCAAUGGGAGAAGCGUGCCACGAGGCUUGUGCAGGGGAAUCCGAGGAUUGGUGGUGGUGCCUCUCCUGAUGGAGUUGCUGGCGGAGCGAGUACGAGUAUGACGAAUUUCUCGUAUUUGCAGCCUAAUCAGGGGAGGAGUCGGAGUAAUUCUGGUGUUUCUGAGCCACAGGCUGAUAUUAGUAUACAAGAAGCAAUUCGUCUUCAUGAGAGUGGAGAACUCGAAAAAUCCACAGAACUAUUCGGCAUCCUCGCAGAUCUCAACGGCUCCAAUAACGCCAUAGCCCAGGUCCUGUACGGCCUCGCACUCCGCCACGGAUGGGGCUGCACUCCCGACCUCCCCAAAGCAGUAAUUUACCUUUCCGCCGCAGCCAGCAACUCCGCAAACAUCGAAACCCAGGCCCUCGAAGCCGGGCUGAAAAAGGGCGGCGCCGCCAAAGGUGAACUCGUACUAGCCAUCUAUGAACUUGCGAAUUGUUUUCGGAACGGUUGGGGGAUAGAAAAGGAUCCUGUUGCGGCGAGGUUGUAUUAUGAGACUGCUGCAAAUCUGGGGGAUACGGAUGCUAUGAAUGAAUGUGCUUGGUGUUAUUUUGAGGGUUUUGGGGGAAAGAAGGAUAAGUAUAUGGCGGCGAAGUAUUAUCGGCUUGCUGAGCAGAAUGGGAAUAAGAUUUUGGGGAAUUCCUGGAUUUGGAAAGACAAAUAUAAUCCCAAGUGA